AUGCGACAGCUUCCCAACCACACCUUCACAGACCCUCCUAUUCUCACAAUGGGCAAGGGGCCUCUGGAGAAAAAUCUCCAGUUCGAGAAGAAGAACCAAGACCUCGUCAAGCUCCCGAAAUAUGCCAAAGUCGAAAAGCGACCUAUCCCCCAUGCACCAGUCGCCUCACCAUACGCGGGUCCCGCCGUACCCAAGAUCGUCUAUGUCUCCAGCAAGACACCUUUCAUGAGCGCGGUGAAGCGCGUCCAGAAACUACUCCGCCAGGCGGAGAAGCGCGCAACAGCCAGCAUCAGCCUUGAAGACACGCAGAAAACAGAGAAGCAGAAACUUGCAGAGCUCGCCAAGGCCGCGAACACGCGAGAGGAGGUCUUCGUGAAGGCUACCGGCAAGGCAAUCGAGAAGGCCCUCAACGUGGGCAAGUGGUUCGAAGAGAAGGAGGCCGAGUACACAGCACGCGUCACCACUGGAAGUGUACUCGUCGUUGACGAUGUGAUCGAGGAUGAAGAUAAGAAAGAGGGGGAGAUGCGCAAACAAGAGCGGCAAAAACGGGCCAAGAAUGCCGCGGAUCAGAAGGAAUCUGCGACUUCAGAGGAACCUGCCUCCAAAGAUUCCACAAAGAAAAGAAAGCGCGAGGUCGCGAAGGUGCCCGAAGAUGCCGAGCUACCUGAGACCCGAACUCGAUGGAUCAAAAUGGUCGAGGUGGCCAUUAGCCUCAAGUGA